UCUCACUCUCACUCUGUCUUGUACUCUUCUCUCUUCACUCUGCGACACUGCAGAAUCUGCUGCAGACACUUCAACUUCUACGGCAAUCUUAUAACCAAUUUUACCCUUUCUCUCUCUCUGAGGAUCGCUGAUUGUCUUCUUGUUUAUACUUAGGUCUGCUAGUCUGUCACUCCAUCUUCAAAUUCUUUACUUUGCUUUUAAUCUACGUUCGUUCGCUUGAGCCUUCAAGCUUCCCGGGAGAUUACGCGCCAAAUCACUUAGGAUCUUCAUCAAGAUCGUCGAUUUUUCGUCAUUGAUAUCCUCUACUUUUGCAUUCCUUCGACAUCUGUCGGUAACGCGUGCAAAAUUCGGAUGGUGGCAAAGGGUGAGAAUAUUUGAAAUAAUGUGGAGCUCUGAGUCAAGGAAAUGAAUUACAGUACAGAUCUUAAAAAGAGUUCGAGGCAUCAGCAUAUGUCAAGAGUUGCAAAGGAAAAGAUCCCAUUGCAACAAGGAAGCCAAAGUUUGAAGUUGCAAGAUGAGUUGAAGACCGAUAAGUUCAUCAAACAGUCAAACAAAGAGAUCUCUUACAAAACAAGACAGGAUAGAGUCCAAUAUAAAGUAAGACAGGACAAUGAUGAUAGACAGUUAAUCCCUCCUAAAUCUUUGCAGAAUCACCAAAAGCAACAGAGCUACAGUGAAGCAAUUCAAAAUGAUGAGCUUGUCAAGUACAUGUCCAAUUUACCAUGUUAUCUGCAGCGUGUGGAGAGAGGACAAAAUCUCCAAGAGAAGGCUUUGAAUUUUGGAGUCCUUGACUGGGGACGUCUGGAGAAAUGGAAGUACAAACAAAAACAGAUCCCAAGCAGAAGUACUAGAAAUGAUCCAUCAACUAGUAAUGAUUCCUCUUCAUUAACAAGAGUUGGAUCUUCUACCCUUUCUGGUAGAAGUCACAGUGGAUCUUCAAGCCUCCAGAAGAAGCAAUAUCAUUCACUUUUUGCUAAUCCGAAUUCAACUCAAAUUGAUGGACCUAAUAAUAUUGUGAAAUCAGCUAGGGGAAGCAAUCUUCAAGAAACUGGAACCGUCCCUAAAAAUUCCUUGAUAGGGCCGCAGGAUCAUUUCAGAACUGAUCAGUUUUUCUGCCAAAAUUAUUCAGAAAUCAAACUAGAGAAUGUGGCUAAAAGAGAAGAUUCAGAUUCCAAGAUCAUUCCAGAAAUGCAGUCACCGUCAUCUGGGUCAAAAGAUUAUGAGAUCUCAUUCCAUCCUAAGGGAAAGAUGAAGGUGCGUGAUGGUGAACCUGAAAGGGGAGCAGAACAGUUGCAUCAUCUUAAUCACAAUCUUCCCCACCAUCCAAUCCCCGGAAAACGCAAAAGCAGUGUUCUCAUUUUGUCCAAAGAUUGUUCGCAAAACAGUUCCUCUGGGAUCUCCAACCAGGCUGAAUUCACAACAUCAGUUGAUGGAAGAUCAACAGAAGCAGAUCGUAAAAGCUUUUCAGAUUGCUUUUAUCACAAAAAGGAGGUUUGCCUUGUGGGUCUCGAUUUUGACAUCCCUCACUCAUGCCCACUUCCUUGUAGAGUCGAAGGUAGCCAAGAGUUAGACAUGAAAUUGUCGGACUCUUCAUGGGCCGAAGGUACAGAAGUUCCAUCGGAUGCAUGUUGUUUGACAGUAACUCCAAAUGAGGUACCAACUAGGCAAAGCAAGGAUAAAGAUGUUGGAGAAAGCAAGCCAUCCAGUUCAGCUGCUGUUGAGUCUUCUGAUAGAUUGGAGCCAAAAGCUGCUGAAGUAAGAAAUCAGUUACCUAAUCAUCGAGCCAGCAUUGGUCUGGGCAGGCUGAGCAGAAGUAUCAGUUUUAAAGAGGCUUCAACUGUCCCACAGUUGAAAUCAUCAUAUGUUACUGUUAAAUCUGGUCCAGUGAAGUCAGAGGUUUCGGUUUGUUCACAUGAUUCAGCUAGAGAUAAAGCAAAUGCCAAUGGCAAAAGCAGGUCCAGCCCUUUGAGAAGGCUAUUAGACCCUCUACUGAAACCCAAGGCAGGAAAUCAUCCUGAGCCAUCUCUGAAAAGGCCAAUGUCAAGUCAUAGAGCUUCUAAAUCAUCUGAUGGUCUCCUAUAUUCUUCGACUGUUCAGUCCAUGAAAGGAAAUACUCUAUCAAGUUGUGGGCCCGUCAAUGAAUUUGAUUCAUGUCCAAGUGAGAAACAUAUAGAAUCAAUGAUGCAUGCCUUCAUGCAAGUCACGGUUAAGAAUGGAUUGCCUUUGUUUACAUUUGUAGUUGACAGUGCUACAGAUGUUCUUGCAGCAACAGUGACGAGAGCAAGCACAACCCUGAAGGAUAUUUACAGCUUGGUCUACACAAUGUACACUGUUCGUGAAAUUAAGAAGAAAAGUGGAAGGUGGAUAAAUCAGGGAACUAAAGGGAAAGGUCAUGGAUAUGCCUCCGGUGUUGUUGGACAAAUGAAGGUUUCCCUCUCACAGUGCCCUAUGUUGACUGGAGACAAUGUUAAAGACCACUUCUUGGUGAGAAAGUUUGUUUUAUUUGGUGUUGAAAUGAGACAGGCAGAUCAAGAAACCUUAGAUAUUCACCCCAGCAGUGAGCUUGCUGCCAUUGUUGUCAAGGUGCCAAAAGAGAAUUUGGGAAAUUUAAGAAAUGAUGACUGGCAGAGCGUUAAAAAUAAAGACCUAUCUGAUAUGGGGUUGAGCAGUUGUAUGCCAGAGGGGAGAUGCUUGUGCAAUGCUGGGGAGAUUCUAGGCAGUGAACGUAAUGGAGGAACUGAAAGGGUUACUAGCACUGUGGUGAUACUCCCAAGCGGUGUUCAUAGCUUGCCAAGUGCUGGAGUGCCUUCAUCUCUUGUUGACCGAUGGAAGUCUGGUGGAUCAUGUGAUUGUGGGGGUUGGGAUGUGGGUUGCAAACUUAGAAUUCUUACUAACGAGAAAUCCAGUGAAAACUUCAUUUCAUCCAAAGCUUCUUCCACCCCCGAUCAAUUUGAUCUUUUCAUUCAGGGAGAUGCUCAACCAGACAAGCCUGUCUUCAGCUUGGCCUCAUUCCAGAAAGGAAUUUACUCCGUUGACUUCCAUGGUUCCAUAAGUUUGCUACAAGCAUUCUCCAUCUGUAUAGCAGUUAUAAACAAUAGGAAGCCAUAUGACCUAUCGGAAUUGGGUAAUAUGUUGCAAGGGAAAGACUCACAAGAAACAGUAUCCAUUGAAAAUGAUAGAAUAAAGGCCCAUGCUGAAGUUGAGCCAACAAUAUAUAUACCUUUCCCACCCCUUUCACCUGUUGGGAGGGUUUAGUUUUACACAAUAUACAGUGUCCAGCGUGCAGAGCGGGUGGCAAUUGAACCCCUUGAAGGCUUGACCAGAUAUUUCAUGGUUACAUUCAACAUCAAGUGAGCUAAAAAUUCUGAACCUGAAACACAUAUUAUGUUUGAAGACACUAUGGACCAUGAACCCUUUUUUCUUCUUUUUUGGGUUUAGUUACCUUCAGUGUAGAAUAAGAUUGCAAUCAGAGUUGCUGGCAUAUCUGUAAGCAGAAAAUAAUAUUUGUAAUCUAAUAUAUGUUUUGAACUGUGCAGUUGAAAGCGAAAAACAGUUAUAAUUCUAAUGGUUAGCCUGUCCCAUGAUAUUUGCAUCA